CAGGUCUGACCUGUAGUAGAUGCACAAAUGAAGAUGCCAGAUGCACAUCGGUCAUGUUUGCUGCUUUUUGCCUUAGUUUUCCGCCUCGGGACAGCGGCAGAGGUCUCCGUGUGGAACGUGAUCAACUCGACACAAGAUACUGUGUUUCGGAAGACGCUGUACGCCAACACCACCAUCUUCAUGAAGUUCCAGGGUGACACAUCGUCAUGUGAUAAAAACCUGGCGUUCAACAUCAGUUGGUACCUGCGCUCAUCUGUUUGCUACAAUGAGGUCUUUAACACACCAGACAGCAAAGCGAAGAACAUGUUUGGUAUGGACCACAUGCUGAAAGAUGGCUGGAGUGGCUACUACAGUCAGGGAUACAUGUACUUUGACAACUGCUCCUCCCUCUUCUUACCAAGGGUGUAUUAUACUGAUUUCAACCCGUAUCAGCCUCUCACUAGCCCAAAGAGUGACCCAUCAAAUCAGAGCCUCAUUUGGCCUGACAAGCCAGACAUCAGUGCAGUGGCCAAAGCUUGGGAGGACAGUCCCUAUCUGUUCAUAGUAAAAGUGCAGCCUUUGCUUCGUGGAGUUGAAGAUGAAGACACUGGGGCAGAGCAGCUCAACUUUGCUUUCACAAUGAAAGUUGAGAUGAAGGGACCACAUGACUACUCUUCUCCAGCAGACUGGCCUCACAUGAUGUUCUUCAUGGUGAUGUGCAUUGUGUAUGUGCUGUUCGGGGCUCUCUGGCUCUUCUGGUGCGCCUGCUAUUGGAGGGACCUGCUGCGGAUUCAGUUCUGGAUCGGCGCUGUCAUCAUCCUCGGCAUGCUAGAGAAAGCUGUAUUUUACUCAGAGUACCAGAGCAUCCGUUACAAAGGAGACUACGUUCAGGGGGCUGUGAUUUUUGCUGAGCUGCUCUCUGCACUCAAAAGAUCUUUAGCCCGAAUCCUGGUCCUCAUUGUCAGUCUUGGCUAUGGCAUAGUCAGGCCCAGGUUGGGUACCACAGUGCACCGGCUGGUAGCUGUUGGGCUUCUCUACCUGCUUUUCUCCUCUGUGGAGGGUGUGCUGAGAGUGACGGGUGGUUUCUAUGGUACCGUCGCCCUGGUGGCUAAUCUCAGCCUCUCCCUCAUCGACUCCUGUGUCAUGUGGUGGAUUUUCAUCAGUCUGUCUCAAACCAUUCGUCUGUUGAAGCUCCGCAGAAAUGUGGUGAAGCUGUCUUUGUAUCAGCACUUCACCAACACUCUCAUCUUUUCUGUUGUUGCUUCAAUAAUAUUCAUCAUCUGGACCACCAAAGUCUUCAAGCUGGUGGACUGCCAGACGGGUUGGAGGGACUUGUGGGUAGACGAUGCCUUCUGGCGUCUCCUGUUCUCCACCAUUCUGCUGGUCAUCAUGGUGCUGCUGCGGCCGUCGGCUAACAGCCAGAGAUUCUCCCAUUCCCCUCUGAUUGACGAAGAUGAUGAAGAGGAGGACGCCAAGGAGCCCAUGCUGAAUGAAGCUUUUGAGGGAAUGAAGAUGAGAGGUUCCAAACCUGACACUAAUGGCUCCCAGAAGCUGUUGAGUAAAGAGGAUGAAGACCUAAAAUGGGUUGAGGAGAACAUUCCUACAACUGUUGCUGAUGUAGCUCUGCCUGUAAUGCUAGAUGAAGAAGAGGAGAUCCUGAAAACCAAGAUGGAGAGAUCCAAAAUGGAGUAGAAGUACUUGAGAACGUGAUGUGAGAACGAAAAGAAGGCAGGUUCACUGAGGCAGCAAUGAAUGCAUUCUGAGUGAUCUGAUUACCAAAAAAUGUGGGCAAAGCCAAUUGUUCUCUCCAGACACUUUAACUUUUUAAUGUUAUUUCACAGGUAUUGUGUAAUACUUUAAUACGCUCAAAGAAGCAUUAAUAGUGUGUUAUAGUAAGGUGAUACUGUGCAACCCUGACUCGUAUGGGCUGGCUGUUGUUGUUGCUGUCUAGACCGACAUUCUGGGACUUUUCUACACUGUCACAAAUUUGGCCAAAAUCAAGCAGAAAGUGGACAUUUUGCACAAUGCCAUGUGGUUUUAGAAUAAUACAAUAUUUUAUGGGCUGUGUGGUUGCUCACAAACUUGGGUGAGGAUGAAAACAUCUGAGAUACGUUUUCCCACUUCAAACUAGAAAAGUGGCUCCAGCUCCCAAUGGGUCAAAUGUAUUGGAAUGUUAGGACUGAUUUGGUGGAAAUCAUGAAUCUUAGCAGUCAUCACAGCCAAGACAUCAGAUAUCGGUAUAAAUGGAGGGCAAAAACACAUACUGAAGACACUAAGUUAUUGUGCAUAAUGAGAGAUUAUAUUUAUGCCAACACUGCAUCUCACACCUGCUGUUUUCAGCAUGUGUUUUAUUGUGUUACAUGUUUAAUAGGUCACAUGAUGACAUUCAUUUAAUAUUUAAAUGAGCAGGAAACUUUAUAGUAUGAUCAAACAUUUAGCCAGAAACUAACAGAGUGUCAUGUUUUAUUGCUUUUACGCAGCCAUUGAACAUUCCCUGAGCUCAUUUCUUGUAGCUGAACCAAUAAAUGAGAAAUGUGUGUCUAACAUAAACACUUUGUUUUCUGGCUAACUGAGUAAUCUUGAAUAUAUAAAUUUCGUAUAUUUGCCAUUGUUACUGUAUGUGAACACGGCUGCAUCUGUGAAUAUUGAUACUUGAAGCAUAUCACAGUUGUCUGGGGAAAACGUGCUACUUCUGUGUUUUGGGGGAUUCUUGUGUUAAGUGGAACACAUGGUGUUUUGGGGUGGGAGAAUGUAAUGACCCUGUCGGACAUGAAUCUCUUUCAAAGCCAAGUAUAUGCUAUCAUAAACGUCAGAAGCGUCUACUUUGUGGACACAGUCACUACACCGGAUCACUCCUCUGAGAUGUCUUUACACCAAACAGUUCAAGCCAGUGAAAAAUGUGACUCUAGAAUUGGUUAUUGUAAAGCUUUUAUUGACAACUGAAAAGCUGCAUGGUCCUCAGUGGGGAAAAAUGAAUGACCCUUUAUAAAUUUUUUUCCAGACCCAUUUACAAGUAUAAGUAGUAAUGAGUAUAAAAGUAACUGUUUAUUUUCAUCUCCAUAAAAGUACAAUUUUGUAGCGUUACACAUAACAGCAGUGAUUUAGGUCCACUUCAUGUCACUGAAGUGAAAACAUUUUUUAGUUAUUGAAUCACAGAAUCCAUUGAUGAUCCUUAUGAAUGUGGUAUGGGUCUAAAUUCAAGUAUAACUGACUAUAUGUAUGUAAUCCUUUCUCACUUACCUUCCACUGACUGGGCCAGAGUUCUUCACUCGAAUUCAGUAGCACAGGGUAGUUUUUAAGAAAUACUGUAUGUGAUAAAUUCAUAUUUUUCAUUUCACUACAAGUACAGAUUCCUUUGAGCCUAUCCCAUUCACACUACAAAAUAAUGUUCUGCCUUAUCUGGCAGAAAAAUAUCCCCGUCCUUGUGCAAUCUACUGCAGUAUGUGUGGAUAUUCUAAAUUCCUUAAUUUAUGUUUUUUUAAUAUUCGUCCAAGUCUUGUUGAGGAUAUUUCAUUUUAGAGAGGUAACAAAGCCCAAUUUCUGGAUGUGAGUCUGCACUGUAAUGUGAAGCUGACGAUAUUGUAUGGCUUUUUGCGUUUGUCUUGCAAAUAAAAUUUAUAUUGA